AUGGCAAAACGGUUGCAACCAGCUUGGCAUCCUCCAGGCAGGAAAGAUACCACGGUACUUCAAUUAUACAACAGUCUAACUAGAAAGAAAGAAGUAUUUGUUCCACAGUGUGGGAAUCGUAUACUAUGGUACAGUUGUGGGCCAACUGUUUAUGACGCAUCACAUAUGGGUCAUGCAAGGUCAUAUAUAUCAUUUGAUAUUUUGCGCCGUGUAUUGUCAGAUUAUUUUGGAUACGAUGUUAUAUAUGUAAUGAAUAUUACUGAUAUAGAUGACAAAAUUAUCAAAAGAGCAAGGCAGAAUUAUUUAUACGAAAAAUAUGUAGAAGAAAAUCACAACCUUAAUAAUAUAUUGGAUGAUGCUAAACAAGUGAUGUCUAAUUUUGAAAAUACUGUCGGAACGAUAUCUGACUCAGACAAGAAGUGCAUGUUGGAAAAGAUGCUAAGCAAACUAACGAAGGUUAUUGAAAAUUUGGAGAAAGCAGUUAGAGAUAAAGAUGAGAAAGAAAUUGUGAUGCUUCAGGAAGCAUUGUUGAAAGAAGUCAAAGAUCUAUUAUCUGACUGGUUGGACCAAAUGAAAGGCAGCACCAUCACAGAGCUCUCGAUAUUCAAUAAAUUAUCGAAACAUUGGGAAUCGGAAUUCCAUAAAGAUAUGGAUGCCUUAAAUGUAUUAAGACCGAAUGUCUUGACAAGGGUUAGUGAAUAUAUUCCCGAGAUAAUAGUGUUUGUACAGCGAAUAAUAGAUAAUGGGCUUGCUUACGAAAGUAACGGAUCAGUGUAUUUUGAUGUGAGCAAGUUCGACAAACUGGAGAAGCAUUCUUACGCUAAGCUUGUGCCAGAAGCAUACGGUGACAUGUCAAGCUUGCAAGAAGGUGAAGGCGACUUGAGUGUUACGGAAGAUAAACUCUCCGAGAAGAGAUCUGUAACGGAUUUCGCACUUUGGAAGAGCUCAAAGGCUGGUGAACCCUGGUGGGAUAGUCCUUGGGGCAAGGGACGUCCAGGAUGGCACAUCGAGUGCUCGGUUAUGGCGUCUGAGAUUUGCGGAGACAGCCUGGACAUUCAUACGGGCGGUGUGGAUCUCAAAUUUCCUCAUCACGAUAAUGAACUCGCUCAAGCGGAAGCGUACUUCGACAAUUCGCAUUGGGUGAGAUAUUUCCUGCACUCAGGCCACUUGACGAUAGCCGGCUGCAAGAUGUCCAAGUCGCUGAAGAAUUUCGUUACAAUACAAGACGCUUUGAGAAAGCACUCGGCGAGGCAGCUGAGGCUCGCGUUUCUGCUACACUCAUGGAAAGACACUUUAGAUUACAGCGAUAAUACUAUGAAUAUGGCCGUGCAAUACGAAAAAUUCCUUAACGAAUUCUUUUUAAAUAUCAAAUGCAGAAUUAGAAGUUUAGGGAAGCAAACUACUAUCGAUAGUUUCGCUAAAUGGACCGAUUCCGAGAAGGAACUCAAUAGAAAGUUUCAUAUCGCUAAGAAUUCCAUGCACAAAGCAUUGUGUGAUAAUAUUGAUACAAGAACUGCUCUUGACGUGAUACGAGAACUUGUUACCGAUUGCAACGUAUACACGAAUCAAAGUAAAAAUCCAAAUACGCUUCUUCUCAGGGAUAUUGCUGUGUAUAUCACGAAAAUGUUCGUCAUAUUCGGAGCCAUAUCUUCCCCAUACGAUUCCAUCGGGUUUCCAAUCGAUGAUGAGGCAGCUGGUACAAAUGUCGAAGAGACUGUCAUGCCGUAUCUCGAAAUCCUCGCGGAUUUCCGGGAGAAGGUGCGGAACUGCGCGAAAACUCUGAAGGCGCACGAUAUUUUGCAAAAGUGCGACGCAUUGCGCGACGAUAUCUUACCGAAUGUCGGAGUGCGGUUGGAGGAUAGCAACGAGAAAGCUUGCAAAGUGAAAUUGGUUAACAAGGAGGAGUUGUUGAGGGAGAAGGAGAUUAAGAAGAAUCUGGAACACGAGAAAACCUUGGAGAAGGAAAGAAGGAAAGCGGAGACUGCCGCUGCAGCGGCGGCGAAGGAAGCGCAGAAGAAGAUACCACCGAGCGACAUGUUCAGAUUAGAGAAGGACAAAUAUUCUCAAUUUGACGAUAAGGGAUUGCCAACGCACGAUGCCGGAGGUAAAGAAAUCAGCAAAGGUUUACUGAAGAAGCUGCAAAAGCUGCAACAAGCGCAAGAAAAAAAAUACAAUGAGUAUUUAGCUUCCGUACAAAAUGGCCUAUAAUGGUUUACAUAAGAGAAACUUAUUGAUUUAUCUAUGAACUUACAAUAGCUGCUUUCAGCGAUGAAAGAAGUUCAGUGAGUGCCUCGAGUGAGCCGAGCUAUUGUUGUCGGUGACUGGAAUAAUCUUUUAGAUUCUUGAUAGAUCAAUAAUCAUAAAGUGUUCACUGAAUUGCUUUCUUAGCUGAACACAGACAAUAUAAGCAGGACGAUGGUUUUGUCUCGACUAUAUCGACGCUUCUUCGUCGCGAGGAUAAUCAUAGUCGUUCUGCACCGAGUAGUAUUCAAAUUUUAAUAAUGAUCUUAUUUGUCAUCAUUUUGGAUAUCUGAUACACAUUUACUUAAAUUGAUUAAAUCAACGUGGAAUUACGUUUCCGAAGCUUCGUUCUAAAAGUUUCAACUAAUGAGUUUCAACUAAUUUAAAAAUAUCUCAUCUGUCAGUAUCUUUUCUUUACAAUCAAGUAUUCCCAAUUAGUAAAAUACUUUUAAUAAAUAAUAAUCACCCAUUCGUAAUUUAUUUUUAUUCUAGCCACGUGUAUUCUCUAUAAUAUUUAUUAAAAUCACUUACGCGAUAAUUGUAAGAAUUCUGAGAUAUUAUCGUACCUUAUCCCUUUUUCCGAAACGAGAUUUAUUUUAAGGCGUUUAUGUAUUUUCAACGUGGUUUUGAUAAUAAAUGCGAAGACAUAAGAACGUCCGAUGAUUAUAUAGGUGCCUGAUUGCAUCAAACUGAACGGAAAAGUCUUCCAUCAUAACAUUGUAGAACUGAAUUAGACUUAAAGUAGACCGAAAAUUUCGAGCCGUGAACAUUUAGUCUCGCGAGCUCUUCGUGCUUUCAGCAAUGCGUGUAACGAAUGCUCACCGUUUCCUCAUAAAUGAGCGUCCGUUAAUCCUAUGAAUUUACAAUUAAUUUACCCAUAAUCACUCGUACGAGAACGUGUAGCUACGAAAAGAGCGUUCCGGCGGUAUCGAAACUUUCGACAGCGUGGUCGUACUCGACACGUACACACAUCAUCGCACGUAUCGUACGGCGAUGCGAUUCGAGACUUGGCCGAGCAAAAUACAUAAAUGUUACGCGUUUUCACUCCACCGGAUGAAUUCGACGCGCGAUGCUGUCCAUUAUUAAAACAUAAUACCCCUUUCAUAACGCGGUGAGCGCGAGCCGACAGUGACAGCUUCGUAAAUGCGAAGGCGAUAUAAUGCUCGGCUCGCGCGCUCGGCGUGAGAAGCGAACGAGCGAGCGAGCCGAUAUUCAUCCCGCAUUCAAAAGCCCGUGAAAACGUCCGCGGCGGACGAACACAGGUCGACCCGUCAGCCGCUUUUCCAACUUGUCGUAAAAUCGCGCGAGAUAAUAAUGAUGUCCAGUCCCGAAAACUUCCCCGGGAUAAUCGGGAAAGCGGCCUCCACCCUCCCGGCCGAUUACAAAUUAUGUUUCCGGACUGGAACGAAGCGGCGCUAAACUCUCCGUUUCCAUUCUUAAUCGAGAAAGUUUGACGCACGUUAUGCACACGCGUAUUUACGCGUAUUGUUCGCUGUUCGCAGUAACAAAGCGCGGUGGGACAUCCUCCUCCCCCGCGUGAUGGUUCAAUUCAAUUUUCCUCGCCGAAAUUUUCAUCGACGGUAUCAUCCUCAUUUAUCGCGCGCGAUAAUCCUCGAUUUUUCCUUGAGAUUGCUGAAUGUUAACGAGGUUCGUUCGCCAAGUGUCUCAUUUUUAGCGAUCGCAUCAAUGGCCCCGAGUAAUUAACUAUUUAUCAAGCAUACAUAUACAUGUAUGUAAAUAUUUAUAUACAAAGUAGGUUAAAAGGCUAAAGUCGAAUAUCUCGUAACGAUGCAAUUCUGCAAAAAUAUGUUUCAGAUAAAAGUUAUAAGGUUUAAAAAGAUCUACUUACUAAUCUUAUCAGUUUGAGUUUAGAUGGAGGAUCGAGAUCAAAUGGAGGUCAACUUCAUUUUUUUCUUUAUUUAACACAUAUCAAUUCCUCUGUUCAUUCUGCGUAUAAAAGUAUGAGAAUAAGAUCAAGGAAGAGUGAACACUUUUCGAGAUUAUUUCAUUUUGAUAUUUUUCAGCCGAAAAAAAUAUGAAAUAUCUCAUAAUUUCAAAUUCGCUUCUCGUCAUUGUGCAAAGCCCGGCAGCUAUCCUCUCUCUCUCUCUCUCUCUCUCUGCGAACGUCGAACAGUAUCGCCGUUGAAACCUUUUUCCGCAAAUCGACGUCGAUGAAACCGCGAUGUCUUUUUGGUCGUGCGUCGCGAUAGACUCGUUUUCUCUCCUUUCCACCACGUUAUUGGCAGUAACGUGUAAAACGAGAAAGAAGAGAGCACGUGAGCGACGUUAACAAUGCGUGACGGUUGAACGCAAAAAACACACUCUCGAAUAUGAAGUCAAGAGAGGUGAAAAAGCAAACAGAGAACUUUUUCGCUCGUGAUCCGUCCCUAUCGUCCUACGUUCGCGCGGUCCACGCGUGAAUGGACACGUGAAUUUUCCGGUAGAAAAAUCGCGGGCACAGCAACCCCGAAAUACGGCAAUCUUUGAAGCAUGACUGACAGCCGACCGCUGUUCUCUCCAAAUUCUUGCCGAAUGUCGCGGCGUCGUCGGACGUACCUUUAACCGUGAAAUUUGCGGUGAAUUCACAGAGAGCUUUUCUCUUUAACCAAACGUGAUGGAAAGCUAUUGAAUUUUUUAAAUUCUAAAAAAUAUAACUAAAGCGCUCCCUCUCUCUCCCUCUCUUUUUCUCUCUCUUUCGGGAUGCAAAUCCUUGAGUAGCUGAAAGAAGCCAAUAAAAAUUGAAGUUGGUAAUUGGAUGUAAAAUUUAAAAACUACACCAGCCAACGUACGAAUCAUAUUGAUCGGUAUCCGGUGAAUGUAGCAGGACUUUCGUUAUGGAACAAUAAUUUCCCAACAGUGAAUCGAUUAUUCGGAGUGACCCGCGGAAAAGUCCCGCGAAUUUAUUUCAAUAAUAAACGAUGACUCCCGGAAUAGUUUGACGUCUCUGCACUUUUGUAUGAGCCAAUCAUGCAUUAACAAUGUAGCAGAAGCCAAAAGUGCGCGACUUUCACGGUUCGACAAAUACCUUGUGUGGCAGUGCGUCUUGUCGCGGAGGUAAAAAAAUGUUUUCACUUGUACCAAUAUUAUCUGACCGCUUGCGUAAUUUGAACAAUCAACUAAGGAGCAUUUCGCGAACGAACGAACAAACAGCCGUGAAAAAGUGUAGCAUUGUUAAUCAACUUCUUUUUAUGCGCGUCAAUUGUUAACCGCGAUAAAUCGAAUGUUAUUCGUUCGCUAAUUAGUACUUUAUACUCGCACACAUACGUACGUAUGCGAAUCGUUGCGAACGAUUUGACGACGACAUAAGCGGCGCAAAGAGUGUUAAUAACAAUAACAACAGCGCUCCGAAGACACGCCUUGCACGGACACGCGAAGGAGAAGAAUACAUCGGCCGCAUUUCAUCUCCUUCGUAUGAUAUUUUGAAUUUUGACAAUUCCUCCGGUCGUUCGGAUCGCUUUCAUCCGCGCGUAAUGGUAAAUGACAACGACGAAUGCGUCAAUGCUACUAUGUUAACAGCUGUUUGAUUACCUACCAGGUGGUCACGAAGAAGAAUAUUAUUUCCGUUAUUGUUUCGAACCGAUGGAAAUUAAUGGCGAUGGCGCAACGGCAUUUUGCCCGUACGAAGCAAUUAAAUGAGAUAUUAAUAAACGACACCGCAAGCUCUAUUGAGGAUCGCGUAUUUCUGUUAUUCGUCAAAACUCGAGGCUUCAUUAGCAAGAUCAUUUAAUAAGAAAACUUUGCGGCUCCAUCAAAACAUAAUAUCUCUUGUGUAUUGAAGAGAGAAUCGCAUGGAGUUUGCAGUAAUUAAAUGAGAUAUUAAUAAAGGAUACCACGAGCUCUA